CUUGCCUUGUCUAGUUAUUAUUCUCUUUGCCGGGUCCGGAGAAGCGGGAAGGAGAGAUAAGGGAAUGCUUUCCCAAACAGAGUAUUGAGCUUUGUGGGUAGGGGGGGGAAUGAGAUCAGGUUAGGGUUCCCAACAUGGCUUGGUGCAGUAGCUGUGGCAACGAUCGCAUGUUCGACAGAAAUCUAGCCUCCUCGGUAGCACUGGUUGGAGUUGGAAAGAGAUUGAAAGCAAAUUCCAUCAAGGCAUGUCCUUCUUGUGGUCAUCGCAUCGAGCUUGUCGAAUCCGAAAAGCCUCCUUCUGCCAUUCAAGAUUUGCCGGGGUUGCCCGCCGGAGUGAAGUUUGAUCCAACGGACCAAGAGCUUCUCGAGCAUUUGGAGGGGAAAGCGAUGCCCGAGUCGGAAAAGUUUCACCCUCUCAUCGAUGAGUUCAUUCCUACCAUAGAAGGAGAGAGUGGGAUUUGCUACACCCAUCCUGAGAAGCUUCCUGGGGUGAGGAGGGAUGGAUUAGUCAGACACUUCUUCCAUCGCCCCUCCAAGGCAUACACGACGGGGACAAGGAAGAGGAGAAAGGUGCACACCGACGAGCAUGGCGGUGAGACACGGUGGCACAAGACCGGCAAGACACGGCCAGUGUUCGUGGGCGGAAGUCUGAAGGGCUACAAGAAGAUCCUCGUCCUCUACACCAACUAUGGUAACCAAAGAAAGCCGGAGAAGACGAAUUGGGUGAUGCACCAGUACCAUCUCGGCUCCGACGAGGAGGAGAAGGAAGGGGAACUUGUUGUGUCAAAGGUUUUCUACCAGACGCAGCCACGGCAGUGUGGUUUGGGAGCGAAGGAUGCGGUCCAAACAAGGCUUAACGGAUACGGAGGGGGCGGCAACGCGAUCCUCAAAGAUGGAAGCAUCAGUAACUACUGUAGCUCGUCGCUCAUAUCCUAUGACCAGACCAGGAACAGCCAAGCUAAGUUUGCCAUGCAGGCUACUGGAGCUUCUUUUCUUCCAUGACAAGGGAUAUAUAUACAAAUAUAGAAGAAGAAAUGAUAUGACAAGGUUGUUUAAUUUUGUACACAGGUGAAUGCAUUCAUUCACUCCAACACGAACCUUUUGAUGGAAUGCAUGAGAGGUUGGAUUUCCUUUUGCUUUUACAUGUAUCAAAUAAGUUUGUCUAGCUUUUUCCUGCAAUGGUUGUAAAGAUGAGCCAACUGACUGCAGCAGCGUGUUUGUAAGGAGAGUAAUAUUAUUGUCUGCCCUUCUUUU